AUGAAGCUGCUGGCGCUGCGUCGUUCCCUGCUGCUGCGGACGCCUCUUGCGGCGCGUAAACAGCUGGUGGUGCGUGCGUUCAGCGGUAACUGGGAGUACCCGAAGGUCGAGGGCAGCGUGGCCGACGUGACCAAAGCGCUGACGACGAUUGGUGCGCGGCUUUCGAUCUCUACGGCGCCGCUCUAUUUCACGCCGUUAAAGGUUGACUUUAUCGUGCGGGAGAUGAAGGGAGUGGACGAGUUGCUGAAGGUGCAAAAGGCGCUGCUGCUCUGUGAUGCCAAGAUGGCCUACCCCUCGGACUUUGCUGCCGGGAGCUUCUUCUCGGCGUGCCUGAAACUUGACGCGGCCCACGUGGCGCUCGAGUUUCUACGUCAAGCAGAGAACGUGCGCCAUUACGUCAAGAACCAGAGCUUCGUGCGUCUGGCCGAGCACUUUGCCAGUCAGGACGACCAGGAGGCGGUCGAGGAGCUCGUGCAGAUCAUGCAGAGCAAACGCGUGCCCAUGACGUACAAGAUGGCUACAUUUCGCAUCUUGAAUGCUAAGAAACGAGGUGCAUGGGAAGAAGCCGUUGCGCUUGCCAAGGAGGCAGCGAAUGAUGUUCAGAUUAACUCCCAUCUUAUCAUUCAGCUGCUGCUGGAUGACAACGGAGACGUUUGCAAGGAACACAUCCCGUUGGCGAGGUACCUUGCUGACAAGGGGGAUGUCUACGUGAAUGCACGGCUCGCGAACAUUUUAGCAGGAGGAGAUGGCAAGUUGGUGGAGGCUAGGGUGGAGGAGCCGGAGGAGUCUCCGGAAGAAACAAUAGCGAAGGAUAAAGGCGCUGCCAACAAGUAG